CUAGACUCGGACUGAACCGAAGCCAUUGUGUUUAUCAUAGUGGAGCCAUGUUACUGCAACAGUGAUCUGCACAUCUAGACAAUUGUUCAUGGAAACCCUGAACUGAUGAAUAAGUACGAAGUUCUCGGCAUUGUGGGCGAAGGGGCCUAUGGAGUUGUGCUGAAAUGUAGGCACAAGGAAAGCGGUCAGAUAGUUGCUGUAAAGAAGUUCAAAGACAGUGAAGUCUCAUAUUCUGUUCUUCAAAUUUGUGGAUGCCAAUGGAGUCACCUCCCUGUCCUGUUCCAUUCAGCAAAACUUAUUUUAACAGACAAUGAAGGUGUUAGGAGAACCACCUUAAGGGAACUGAAGGUGCUACGGCAGCUCAAGCAAGAAAACAUUGUGGAACUUAGGGAGGCCUUCAGGAGGAGGGGCAAGCUGUAUUUGGUCUUUGAAUAUGUUGAAAGGAAAUUUGGCAAAAGUCACAAGACAUUCGCCCAACCUUCCCAUGACGUUUGCAUGACGAAUUUGAGAUGGUUUGGCACCCUGGCAAACUCAGAGAUGGUUUGGCACCUGUUGCUUGACACUUGCGAAGGCUUUGUGCACAGACACGAUGGACACUCAUUUGCAGCAUCAAACAUCUGGCCUACCUGAACACACAUCCAAAAAACAAUGCAGAAAGUGGGCAUUCUACUGAACGUGCUGAAGCCCCGAGAAGUGGGGUGGUCAGACGUGGCUUCUGUACAGGCCGUACGAUCCGACGGCACUCACCAGUGCCUAUUUAUCUGUGCACAAUGACGGUAUGUCUACAAGUAAAUGAGGUGCAGCCAGGAAAUUCAGGGUUCCCGAAGCAACACUUCGUCGCCGUGUCAAUGAGUUGGUUGGUUAGAUGUUGUCAAGUCCGGGGUGCAACCAGUCCUGGCAUUGGACGAGGAGGCACAGAUAGCUCAGCAUAUGUCAUACAUGCAUGCGGGUACAGCUACAGCAGAAGUGAAGUUAUUGAUUUAGCUUCAACGUUUGCCAUAAGCCUACAGAAAAAAGAUGAAAAUCACCCCUUCAGCAAGGCAUGGUUCAGGAAUUUCAUGGGAUGUUGGCCCAAGUUUAAACUCUGAAAACCCAGAAGUACACGAGCCAAGGCGACAUCCGCGGUGGUAGAGGGUCUGGUACAUUUCCCUAUUUGAGGUUUUUUGCAGGAAAGUGUCUUCUGACAGUCUACAUGUACCUGGACCAGGAAGAUGGGGUGGUCUACCUCUAGAUCGAUAUAUAGGCAGGUUUGGUGCGUGGGACUCAAAUGUUUCACUCACUGAUGCAAAUCUGAAUACGAAGUGUUUGUCAGUGUCACCUAGUUCUUUGUUCACAAGAUAAGAGUUCACAAGGUAGACAUCAAGCAGGAAGAACACUUGUACCACUUCCCAACCUACCAGUGAGAUGAGGCAAGUUAGUCUGCUGUGUGCAUGCCUUUUAUCUCCUUGUCGUAGUCUGUUUACGCACUGGAGUUUCCUGAUUUAGUUAACAUCUCAGUCCUGCUUGCCAGAGUCCUUCAUUGCACCUGUGUGCAUGAUUGACAGCAUUUGGACAUUUUUUGUCCUCACAGACUAAGACCAGUAGGCCUUUGUCGGACAACUGAUGUUUAGUUUUAAGUCACAAAAGUCCUUAAAUGGGUAUUCAAUUUUUUCUUAGGCCUGAAUGAAUAUUGAUUUUCAUGCAAUAUCAAUAAACGUCUGAUAGAAAGUAAACUUUCCACAAAAUAUCAGGAUGGCAUUAUGCCCAGAACUUUGGUACACUGCUGGCAUUAAUGCCUUCACGUUUGGCAUAAGCGCUCUUUAUUUCAGCUAGUCCACCAAUGCCAAAUGGCAGUGCCCUAAAGAAAAUGAAAUUCUAGGCCUGGGACAGAU